CGCCAAGGUGCAGGCCGGGCGCAGCGGGCGGCGGAGCGCGGACAGCGGGGGUGGCGUGAGUCCCCUGGAAGGCGCAGACGCCCGCUCGGCCUCACCUCCUGCGGCUGCCUGCUGCCAUCACCUCCAUGGCCGACAAGCAGAUCAGCUUGCCAGCCAAGCUCAUCAAUGGCGGCAUCGCCGGGCUGAUCGGGGUCACCUGCGUGUUCCCCAUCGACCUGGCCAAGACCAGGCUGCAGAACCAGCAGAACGGCCAGCGCAUCUACACCAGCAUGUCAGACUGCCUCGUCAAGACCAUCCGCGCCGAGGGCUACUUCGGCAUGUACCGCGGAGCCGCCGUGAACCUGACCCUCGUCACCCCCGAGAAGGCCAUCAAGCUGGCAGCCAAUGACUUCUUCCGCCACCAGCUCUCCAAGGACGGGCAGAAGCUGACCCUGCUCAGGGAGAUGCUGGCGGGCUGUGGGGCCGGCACCUGCCAGGUCAUCGUCACCACCCCCAUGGAGAUGCUGAAGAUCCAGCUGCAGGACGCGGGGCGCAUCGCUGCCCAGAGGAGGAUUCUGGCCGCCCAGGCCCAGCUCUCUGCCCAGGGGGGUCCCCAGCCUGCAGCGGAGCCUCCAGCUGCCCCCCGGCCCACGGCCACCCAGCUGGCCCGGGACCUGCUGCGCAGCCAUGGCGUGGCCGGCCUCUACAAGGGCCUGGGCGCCACGCUGCUCAGGGACGUCCCCUUCUCCAUCGUCUACUUCCCCCUCUUCGCCAACCUGAACCAGCUGGGCCAGCCGGCAUCUGGGGAGAAGUCGCCCUUCUACGUGUCCUUCCUGGCCGGCUGCGUGGCCGGGAGUGCGGCAGCCGUGGCCGUGAACCCCUGUGACGUGGUGAAGACCAGGCUCCAGUCACUUCAGCGGGGCGCCCAUGAGGACACCUACUCGGGGUUUCUGGACUGUGCCAGGAAGAUCCUCCGCCACGAGGGCCCCUCGGCCUUCCUGAAGGGCGCCUACUGCCGCGCGCUGGUCAUCGCCCCGCUGUUCGGCAUCGCUCAGGUGGUCUACUUCCUGGGCAUCGCCGAGACCCUGCUGGGGCUGCUGCAGAACCCCCAGCCCUGAGCCAGCCGGCCCCCACACUCCCAGCCCCGCAGGACCAGGGCACGGCCGGCGUCUUUCCACACCCUUCCCCGCUGUGGACAGGGAGGCCGGGGAAGGGACACGGGCCCCAGGGGACUUCCCGACUCCAUGCCCACUGGGGCCCAUGUACUAUGAAGUAGGAAAUGCAGAACCUUCACAUUCCUGGAGCCAGCACCCCCAGCUCUGCCUGGGCCGAGCACCCCAGGACAGAGCUGGUCUCUGGGCGGGGCGCCCCAGGCCCAGGCUGGGUGAGGUGGACCCUACUUCCCCGUCCACCGGUUCUUGUCCCUGAGCCGUGGCCCCUCACCCACAGAGGGGGCCUGUCCAUACCUAUUUAUUAACCCACCAGGCACAGUGGCUCUCCGUGUCCACCUCCCCCGUCCUCCCAGCCCCCCUCUGCUUCCCCAGCCUGCCUUGUGGGGCAUCAGGGGCUACCCCUCAUGUUGAGCCAGGAAUCCAGGCAGGGGUCCCACUGAGCUCUGCCUUCCAGGCAGAGCCCUCCCUUGUGAACCUCCACCCCUGCCGGACCCCAGGCUGGGGGCCCAGUGGAGAGGGUGUGUGCGUAUGCGUGGCUGUGGGGCGCGCCCUUCCCGCACCCUGGCCCUGGGCUCUCGGAUGACUGAAUUUAAUUAUCCUGUCAGGCCCCUCUUGCCGCACCUUCCGCAGCCCCCUCUCCUGAGACCCCCACCCCAGGUCUGGGAUCGGGCAGAGGCAUGGGUGGUGGGAAGACCUGUAUGGAGCUGGGGGCCUGAUCUGCCUGGGGGCCGCCUGCCUGCCCAGCUCCCUCCCUUGGGGACUCUGCACAAGGCCCCCUGCACACUCCGAGAGCCCCCCAGCCCCUUCCCCUGCAUCCCCGUGAUGGCCCAGGCCCCGUGCCCACCUGCAUCCCCGUGAUGGCCGGGCCCCGUGCCCACCUGCAUCCCCGUGAUGGCCGGGCCCCAUGCCCACCUGCGUCCCCGUGAUGGCCCGGGCCCCGUGCCCACCUGUGCCCCCUUGAUGGACGGGCCCUGUGCCCCCCUGCAUCCCCGUGUUGACCCGGGCCCCGUGCCCACCUGUGCCCCCUUGAUGGACGGGCCCUGUGCCCCCCUGCAUCCCCGUGUUGACCCGGGCCCCGUGCCCACCUGUGCCCCCUUGAUGGACGGGCCCUGUGCCCCCCUGCAUCCCCGUGUUGACCCGGGCCCCGUGCCCACCUGUGACCCCGCGCCCCUGUGGUGGCUGCCCCUGCGUGCUGGUGCUGUGCCCGGGCCGCCCGCUCAGCGACACUCCCUGGGCCUGGGCCCUUCCCACCUCUGUACCUUGGAAGCUGCUGCUGCUGCUUACAGAAGUAUAUUUUUUUCUUUUGGAGAGUUUUAAGAAGUUGUAACUUUUGUGUCUCGUCAUGUAAGAAAAUUAAUAAAUAUUCUAA